CUGAAAACGUCGAAUCAUGAAUAAACAAAAGGAAAACCCAUUUGGGCUAGUUGUAUCUUCUUUUCCGUUAACAUCUCUCUCUAUAAAUGGCCAUCACAACCUAUUUUUCUUCUACACAACAUCACUACUACAUUUAUAUUACUAAACAUGACCAAGUCAAGCGACUUAAUCCCGGGUCUUCCAGAAGAAAUAGCUCUCGAGUGCUUAACUCGACUCCAUUACUCAACGUACCGAGUUGCUUCCCGAGUUUCCAAACGCUGGCGUCAUCUUCUUCGAAGCAGAGAGUUUUAUUACCAGAGAAAACUAUCUGCUCGUACCUAUAAAGCUGCUUGCUUUAUCCAAUCUAUUCCUCUUCAAUCUGACUCUAAAUCAACUGGGUCACCCAGUUAUGGAGUUUCUAUGCUUGAUCCAAUCAGUGGAGCUUGGGAACGAGUUGACCCGGUUCCUGACUAUCCCGAUGGUCUUCCUUUGUUUUGUCGAGUUACUAGCUCAGAAGGGAAGAUUGUAAUCCUGGGAGGGUGGGAUCCAGUGAGUUACGAACCACUGAGUCACGUGUUCAUUUAUGAUUUUACGACUCGGAAAUGGAGGAAGGGUAAGAAUAUGCCCGAAUAUCGUUCUUUCUUCGCUGUAGGCGAGUUAAACGGUCGAGUUAUAAUCGCCGGAGGUCAUGAAGAGAAUAAGAACGCGCUGAGUUCAGCUUGGGUAUACGAUGUGACUCAGGACGAGUGGAAUGAGUUACCAAAGAUGAGUCAGGAGCGAGACGAGUGCGAAGGCGUAGUAAUCGGGUCGGAGUUCUGGGUUGUGAGUGGGUAUAAAACAGAUCGUCAGGGACAAUUUGAAAGCAGCGCCGAGUCAAUAGAACUCGGAGCGAGAGAGUGGAAGCGAGUUGAGGAUGUAUGGAGAGGGAGUGGGUCCCCUAAGUCAUCCUGUCUCGGAGUGGAUAAAGGAGAAAUACUGGUGAGCUGGAGUGGGCCAGAUAUGGAGGUUAAAGUAGGGACUUCUGGGGUCCAGAGUGGUGAAUGGACAAUAGUGUCCGGAUCAAGUUACCAAGGUGGGCCUCAAGAGUUUUACAUGAUGGAAGGACAAAAUGGUAAAUGGAAAAAGUUAAAAGUGCCGGAUGAAUUUUCGGGGAUUGUUCAAUCUGGUUGCUUUUGGGAGAUAUGAACAAGAGGCAAGAGCCGCUCGUGAACAUCUUCUCUUGUGUAUAUAGAACUCUUCCAUUGGCUUUGUGAAACUACAAAGAAGGAACCUUUUCUUCAAGUACUUCCAAAUGUCGUUAAAUAUAUUAAUUUUGAAUGCUUUCAAAAUUUUUUGAAAA